AUGUCGUUACUUGAUAAAAUUACGGGCCUUGCUAUCAAGGCAAAGGACAAUGUUGUGUCCAAAACAUUUAUUUCAAAAGAUAGAAGACUGGAGCAGUCUCUUUCUGAAAGUAUUAAAGUAAAUGACAUUUAUUUUGAAAAGAUGUCAACUUAUGGAUUGCCUUCCGUCAUUAACGUUGUUGCAUUUGACUGUGUUGCUGGGUUAUUGGCAGUUGGAAUUUCAACCACAAUCAAGGUACCAAAUCCUGUUGGCAUCAAACACCUUCAGUUUAAGACGGGAUUCCCGAUUCUCGUAGUCAUUGAUAAAGCAAACAACAUUAUCACAAUCGAUCUUCGAACCAAAUCAAUCCGUCAUGUAUUGGCUGCACAAGAAAUCAUCACCAGUCAAGCCUAUUGUACUGGAACAGAUUGGUUAUUUAUAGGCUAUGCAAAUGGAUUUAUUGAUGUAUUUGAUAUCAUGCAAGGUAUAAUUACACCAUAUCAGAUACCUGAUUUACUAGAGACCCAACAAGAGAAGUCAGAAGAGGCAAAUAGUAGUCAUAUUGUGGUUGAUCUUCAAAUGCAUCCAACUGAAUUAAACACUCUUUUGAUUGGUUAUGAAACAACAGUUUUCAUUUGGAACAUUCGCGAAAACACCAUCCGGAAAUCAUUUAGCUUGCAUAAUUUAGAUAAAUCAAGUCCUUACAGAAACGCCCGCCUGACUAGUUUAGCAUGGAGCCCCAAUGGAUCAAGAUUUAUUGCUGGUUAUGAUGAUGGCUGUACUCAUUUAUGGGAAAUAAAAAAUGAGCAAAAGCCCAUUUCCUCACGUAAACUGUCUCAAAAUUUCGUACCCGGUAACAAGGAAGAAAAUGUAACUGAACCGAUUUACCAGAUCGCUUGGUAUGCCAAUGUUGCAACCCACCGUUCUUAUGUCGUUGUCGCUGGAGGAACAAAUCCAGCUGAUAUCAAGGGAUUAAACAUUUUAGAAUACGAUUUAGAUAGUGAUUCGAGAGAACCAAAGAAACAAUCCAUCAUGCCUCUUCCUACCGACUUGUCUCAUUUUGUCAUUCUAAGUACAGAUCCCUACUAUUUGGGAAUGCAUAAUCCUUUUGGUAUUAUGGUUGUUGACCAAAAUCACUGUUUAAGAGCCUAUAGCUUUGACCAUGGAUACCCUCCACUGAAACUUCCCCCUGCCCUUGAAUUUCUUGGUCCAAAUGUCUCGCACGCUUGUCAUCUUUCUCAACUUCCUGCUACAUCCUACAAGAAGCUGUCUAGUAUUGUUUCCUUGGACAGAAAGACAAGAUACUUUCCCAUCACAGGCGGUGUUGCGGGUCCCAACCAUAUCUACCAUGUCGAAUCUAAUGAUAUUUUAAUAACUAUCCAUCAAGGUGAAAUUGUCAAAUUCUGGGAUGCUUCAUAUACCGCUCUUCGCCCAUUAUCUCAUUUAACCAUCUAUUGUCUGGACCAUGUCGAAACCCCAGACGCCUUUUUAUGCUGUCUGGAUGUGAACAAGGAAAACGGCGCUUUUACAAUUGGUUUCAGUGAUGGAACAAUCUUGAUCUAUGAAUGUCAUACCGAGGAGCCUGAAGAAGAACCUGUGAUCGAUGCCAGAGCGAAAUCUAGACACGAAGAAAUUAUUACCAGUUGUGAUGAUACGCUGAAGGAGAUCUCGGGUCUUUUGGAAGAUAUGGGUCCUGACUCCGAUACAGAACACCACAAUGAUGAUAACAAUAACCCUUUUGUUGUUCCAGUGCCUACACUACAAGAACCUCCUACUGAAGUUCCCGAAACACCUUCACCCAUGAAAUCAAAAAUCUUUAAAAGAUUAGACAAAUCGGGUGAUAAACCUGGGUUCUAUGCCUCUGUCAAGGUCGCUUUGAACUCUCCUGUUAAAAGUGUCGUCAGUAUUGGUGAAUCAAUUAUUGCUGUUGCUACAGAUAAUGGAAAGAUCACAGUGCUCGAUAUUCAUAAACAAAUGGUGUUAUUUACUCAUAACAUUGCACGUAAGUCUUGUAUACCUGCACAUAAAAAAAAAUGA